UAGUUUUAAGUAGAUAAAGAGAGCACUUAUUUUUAAGAAAGAAGCCCCACCGUUCCUUGUAUUAAACUUUUACUACAUGUAACUUUAUAGUUUCUUUUUUUCUGCACUUGUUACUGUGAGUAGUUUUUUCUUUUUCUGAUGAUUCAUUUUUAUCUUCAGGCUUCUGAAAAACUAAUGACUGGACCAGAUUAAGAGGACAGAUGCAAGUCGGAAUCAGCAAAGCUGAAUUUGAGUCCUGCUUCUGAAACUAAAUAGCUGUGUAAUUUUGGGCUAGUCAUUUAACCUCUUUUAUUUAGACCUGUAGAGUUUAGUCUUUUAUCAACAUGGUAGUAAACUUUUUGUUUCUAAUCUUUGCAGGAAUGAGUGGAUGCCAUAGUCUACAAGCAGUCCUUUGACAGCAAUAUAUGCACCAGUCUGUAGAUCAAAAGUUAAUAGGAGAAAGUCUUUGCUGAUGUAGAAUCAAAAUGAGUGGAUUAGGAGAAAACUCCUUAGAUCCACUGACUACUGAUUCUAGAAAAAGAAAAUUGCCAUGUGAUACUCCUGUACAAGGUCUGACUAGCAGUGGUGAGAAGUGGCGCCGAGAGCAAGAGAGUAAAUACCUGGAGGAACUGGCUGAGUUGAUAUCUGCCAAUCUAAGUGACAUUGACAGUUUCAAUGUCAAACCGGAUAAAUGCGCAAUUUUGAAGGAAACUGUGAGACAGAUCCGACAGAUAAAGGAGCAAGGAAAGGCAGCUUCCAUUGAUGAUGAUGUUCAGAAAGCUGAUGUAUCUUCCACAGGGCAGGGAGUUAUUGAUAAAGAUUCCUUAGGACCACUUUUACUGCAGGCCUUGGAUGGUUUUCUCUUUGUGGUUAAUCGAGAUGGAACCAUUGUAUUUGUGUCAGAAAAUGUCACACAGUAUCUUCAGUAUAAGCAGGAGGACUUGGUUAAUACCAGUGUCUACAGUAUCUUGCAUGAAGAUGACAGGAAGGAUUUUCUCAAGAAUUUGCCUAAGUCAGCAGUUAAUGGAGAUCCAUGGACAAGCGAGACACCUAGACAAAAAAGUCAUACAUUUAAUUGCCGUAUGUUGGUGAAAACAGUUCAUGAUAUUCUAGAUGAUGUGGGGAACAGUCCUGAUAUGCGCCAGAGAUAUGAGACAAUGCAAUGUUUUGCUUUGUCUCAGCCACGUGCUAUGAUGGAGGAGGGAGAAGAUUUACAAUCUUGUAUGAUCUGCGUGGCACGCCGUCUCACUGCAGUAGAAAGAGUAUUUCCUUCAAAUCCUGAAAGCUUUAUUACUAAACAUGACCUUUCAGGCAAAGUUAUUACUAUAGAUACAAACUCACUGAGGUCUUCUAUGAGACCUGGCUUUGAAGAUAUAAUCAGAAGAUGUAUCCAGAGAUUUUUUAGCCUUAAUGAUGGACAGUCAUGGUCCCAAAAACGACACUAUCAGGAAGCUUAUAUUCAAGGACAUGCUGAAACCCCUGUGUAUCGGUUCUCCUUAGCUGAUGGGACUAUAGUGAGUGCCCAAACAAAGAGCAAACUUUUUCGGAAUCCAGUAACUAAUGAUCGCCAUGGCUUUCUUUCUACCCACUUCCUACAGAGAGAGCAGAAUGGAUAUCGACCUACUUCUAACCCAGUGGGACAAAACAUACGAGCUCCUACAGUUGGAUGUUCCAGUUCUGUUGGAGGAAUGAAUAUGUCACCAAAUCAAAGCUUGCCCAUACAGAAUAGGCCCUACUCCUUGGGAGAUCCCAAUGCAGUAGGACAGAUGAGUGGCAUUAGAUAUGGAGCCCCUAACAACUUAAACUCUAUAAAUCUUGGGCCAGGAAUGCAAUCCUCUCCCUAUCAGAACAAUAAUUAUGGGCUAACUAUGAACAGUCCCCCACAUGGUAGCCCUGGCCUUGGCUCCAAUCAGCAGAACAUUAUGAUUUCUCCUCGAAACAGAGGUAGUCCAAAGAUGCCUUCACAUCAGUUUUCUCCUGUUCCAGGUAUGCAUUCUCCUAUGGGAUCUACCAGCAACACUGGGGGCAACAGUUUCUCUAGUAGUUCCCUCAGUGCCCUCCAAGCCAUCAGUGAGGGUGUGGGAACUUCGCUUUUGUCUACACUUUCUUCACCAGGCCCCAAGUUGGAUAAUUCUCCAAAUAUGAACAUCAACCAGCAAAGUAAAGUAGGCAGUCAGGAUUCUAAGAGUCCUGUUGGCUUGUAUUGUGAACAGAGUCAGGUGGAAAGUUCCAUAUGCCAAGUCAAUAGCAGGGACCACCCUUGUGAUAAAGACAGUAAAGAAACUGGUGUUGAAGGGCCAGAGAAUCAGAGGGGACCACUUGAAAGCAAAGGCCAUAAAAAAUUACUUCAGUUACUAACAUGCUCUUCAGAUGACCGGGGGCACUCCACUCUGACAAAUUCUCCAUUGGAUCCAGGGUGUAAAGAUUCUGCUUCCAGUGUCACUAGUCCUUCUGGAGUCUCGUCUUCUACAUCUGGGGGAGUUUCUUCCACAUCAAAUAUGCAUGGGUCCCUGUUGCAAGAGAAACAUAGAAUUUUGCACAAGCUACUCCAGAAUGGGAAUUCUCCUGCUGAAGUAGCCAAGAUUACAGCUGAAGCAACUGGGAAAGACACGAGCAGUGCGGCUUCUAGUGAAGGAAUAGUUAAGCAGGAGCAGCUAAGUCCCAAGAAGAAGGAAAACAAUGCACUUCUUCGCUAUCUGCUUGAUAGGGAUGAUCCUAAUGAUUCAAUUUCUAAAGACAUGAAACCCAAAGUGGAAGGCGUUGAUAAUAAAAUGGGACAGUGCAACAGCUCUUCUCUUCCUAUUUCAAAUCAAGAAAAAGAGAUUAAAGUUAAGACUGAACAGAAUGAAGAGGUGAGUGGAGACUUGGAUAAUUUAGAUGCUAUUCUUGGUGAUCUGACAAGUUCUGACUUUUAUAAUAACGCCAUGUCUACAAAUGGUAAUAACCUGGCAAAUAAGCAACAGAUGUAUCAAGGAAGUACCCCUCUAGGUUUGAGAAGCCCACAGUCUCUGCCAUCUGCUCGUCCUCCUUUUAAUCGAGCUGUAUCCUUGGAUAGUCCUAUUCCUGUUGGUUCAAGUCCUCCAGUGAGAAAUGUUAAUACAUUUCCCAUGUUACCAAAGCAGCCUGUGGUAAGCGGAAAUUCAAGGAUGAUGGACACCCAGGAGAAUUUUACCUCUAAUAUGGGUGGAAUGAAUAGAAAUAUGUCUAUGAACCAUCAUCCCUCAGGAGAGUGGGGUUUGCCAAAUUCUAAAGUUAGCAGAAUGGAACAAAACACAAGUUCAUUGGUGAGGCCAGGAACUGAUUAUAAUACUUCUUUACCCAGACCUGCAAUGGGUGGUACUUUGCCUGGUCUUCCUGUUAGAUCCAAUAGUAUACCUGGUACAAGGCCAAUACUACAGCAGCAGAUGAUUCAGAUGAGGCCUGGUGAGAUUCCUAUGGGCAUGGGAGUAAAUGCCUAUGGCCAGACAGGACCUUCUAAUCAACCUGGAUCUUGGCCUGAUAAUAUGUUAACCAUGGACCAGGGCCCUCGUGGGACACAAAAUAGAGCCCUUGUUAGGAAUUCCCUGGAUGAUCUCUUAUGUCCUCCUCCUAACAUAGAAGGUCAGAGUGAUGAAAGAGCUCUUUUGGAUCAGUUACAUACUCUCUUGAGUAAUACAGAUGCCACAGGACUUGAAGAAAUUGAUAGAGCUUUAGGAAUCCCAGAUCUUGUCAAUCAAGGACAAGCUUUGGAAGCUAAACAGGAGUCUUUUCAAAGUCAAGAAUCUGCUGUAAUGAUUGACCAAAAGUCUGCUCUAUAUGGACAGUCUUAUCAAGCCCAGUCUGCAGUAAUUCAAGGCAGUUUCAGUAGUCUUCAGGGACAACAGCAAUCAUUUAAUACAAUGAUGAAUCAAAUGAGCCAGCAGGGUAACUUUCCACUACAGGGAAUACAUCCCAGAGCUAACAUGAUGAGACCCCGAACAAAUACUCCCAAACAGCUUAGAAUGCAGCUCCAGCAGAGACUACAGGGUCAGCAGUUUUUGAACCAGAGCCGUCAGGCCCUUGAAAUGAAGAUGGAAACCCCUCCGACUAGUGGGGCUACAGUGAUGAGGCCUGUAAUGCAGGCUCAAGUGAACUCUCAGCAGCAAGGUUUUCUCAAUGCUCAGAUGGUGGCCCAGCGCAGCAGAGAGCUAAUUAGUCACCACAUCCGACAGCACCGGAUGGCUGUGAUGAUGCAGCAACAGCAACAGCAGCAACAGACGCAGCAGCAGCAGCAGACACAGGCUUUUAGCCCUCCCCCUAAUGUGACUGCUUCGGCCAGCAUAGACGGGGCUUUGGCCGGGACACCGAUGCCACAAGCUCCUCCACAGCAGUUUUCUUACCCACCAAAUUAUGGAAUGAGCCAGCAAUCAGAUCCUGCCUUUAGCAGAGUAUCUAGUCCUCCUAGUGCAAUGAUGUCAGCAAGAAUCGGUGCCUCCCAGAACCCCAUGAUGCAACACCCUCAGGCCACACCGAUGUACCAGUCCCCAGAAAUGAAAGGCUGGCCAUCAGGAACCUUGUCCAGGAACAGUUCAUUUCCACAGCAGCAGUUUCCCCCCCAGGGUAGUCCUGCCCCCUACAGUAUGAUGCACAUGAAUGGUAACAGUGGCCACAUCGGACAAAUGAACAUGAAUUCCAUGUCCAUGUCUGGGAUGCCCAUGGGCCCAGAUCAGAAAUACUGCUGACACACGGAAUCCGGAAUCUCCCACCGAAAAUCACUGUACAAAUGUCUCUGCACUAGUAUUUUCAGGAGGUAAAAUAAGGGGUUACACAUUGUUUGUUAGUGACAUCUCACUUAUGGAAAGGACCUACUUCCCCAAGUCUUCAUUAAGGUAUCCCACGUAACUUCAUUUGAACAGAACUGGGUCAUGAGCUAAAACAUUGUCUACCUUUUUUUUCUGUAUAUUGUGGUAUAUUAAGCAAUGGACAUAAAUAUUUUUGGCAUUCUGCCUCUAGAUGUGAAUCUGGCAAUGACAUAUUAGUAAAUAUGGUAGACUCCCUGUGUGUUAUUAUUUCUUUCUGCCUUGCUAUCCAAAGCCCUUUAAAUGUAGGCAGGCCAAAGAAAGUGGAGAAGUUGUGGGAUAGAAAAAUCUGGUUUCUCUAGUAGCAGUGUCUGACACAGAAUGUGGUUCCCAGCCUUGAGGCCUUUUUUCAUUGGUAAACAGUCCUCUAUUAACCUCUUGUCCCCAGUAAAUCAAAAUGCUUGAGGUCAUGUCAUCAACUUGAUAUGGGCUUUGGUAUUCCCACCACCAUGGAUGGUUAUACCCUCUAAUACCUUUAGGAUUACCACUAGCAUCAAAUAUUUCCAAUUAUGACUGAUGGCAAAUGGCAUUGCAGAAAGGAAAAAGGAAAAUUACAGUAUUUAAUUGCAAUUUUAGUGGCUAAUAUUUACAUGCUAAUGUGCAGCCAAGUGCACUUUAUAUAGAAAGUAAUGGAUGAAUGCAAUAUUUUUGAGGUCUCGUGGCGAGCUGUAUCAUGUUCUCCGUCCGAGCUAAUCCAUCGGGCAGGAACUGUAAAUUCACUCGAAAGGACUGGAUAAUGUCACACUUUGCCUAUCUGGUAGAGCAAUAAUCCUUUUUUGAAAAUCAAGUUCAGAAAACCCAAGGCUGGGUACUGCAGUCUGAAUCAGAAAUUUGAAAUUUGCAGUCUGUUUCUGUGAAUAGGUUUUUGUAAAUACAAUCGUUAAGAUAUUGUAUUAUGUGUACAUAUAUAUGACUUUUGUAGGUCACAAGAACUCAUUUUUGCAGAGUUUGUGAAGCUAAGUAUAUAACAGUGUUGAUUUCUGUAAGCUCAGCAUAGUGAGGUAAAAAAAAAUAGAAAACAUUCUUAAUUUAAUGACCUGAGGGGAUGUGGUGGGGGGUGUGGUCUGGGGGUGGUGGUAGCUUUUCCCUUCUCCUUUGGUCUUGGACACCUCACUUAUUUCCAUCUUUUCAAACAGAUAGCUUUUUAAAAAGUUGAUUCAUCUAGGGCUAGGCAGUCUUAAUUACUUUCUCCACCUGAACUAAGCACUUUGUUAUUAUUAUUUUUUUGGGUGGGGGAGGAUAUUAUUUUAGUUUUUAAAAUAUAGUGUGAUUCGACAAGAAAAAGAGCGCUCUGCCUUUUUCAGCUCUCCAUGAAUUGUACCACAGCAAUUCAGGGUAUUUUUUUUUUUAAACUUAAACACGUUGCCUUUUCAGUCAGGGAGUGGAUAAGUGACGUAGGCUUUGUCAUUGCUUUGAACUAAUGUAAACAGCAGCCUGUUUGUUACUUUGAGUUUGUAUAAAUUUUCAAUGUCGUCUUAGCCAUUUUUCGUUAACACCAUAGAUAGGAUUGUUGUUUUCUCUUCACCCCUGUGUAUGACAUUUCUGGUCAGCUCUUAACCCUUUAGUUACUUACAACUUUGGUCUCUAAUGUCCAACUCUCAAUUGUCCAUGCAUCAGAUAUGACAGCCCCCACCUCUCCCCACCCCUGCUGGGUCUUCUUUUUCAUGAUUGAAACCAGCACUGAUUUUGGCAGUCAGUGGAAGGGAAGGAAAGAUACAAUUUAAAUCUAUUUUAUGCAGGUCACCUGUUAUUUUGGUUCUAAAUAUCAGAUUUUAGUUUUCGUAUUUUAGUGGCUUCAUUAUAAUAUUUCUGCAACUCUUGUGUGCCACAUUUACAUGAGAGAUGGCCAUAAGUAUCAUUUACAAGCUGGUUUUUACCAAGUCUCCAAAAGUCUUUCACAGUGCAAAUUUGAAUUUCCAAAGCUGUUAUUAAAAUGGGAUUGAGUUGGGAACAAUUGGAAAUGUUCUAGUAUAAGUCAAAAGAUUUCUUAGAAGCUCUGUCUAGGGUCAGUGACUUAAAUAAAUCAGUGACAGCCACCACCCUCCCUUUAGGCUAAUGCGUGAUGGGAGUAAGAUGUGAUGGGUCGCCUUCUUUAUUCCCUCACCAGCUUCUUUCAAAAACACAAUGCCCCACUUUCCCAUAAACUUGAUCCUUACUUGAAUACAGUUUAUUCACUCAAGGGGACUGCACUUUCAAGACCAUCUAUGUAUUUGCCUCAUUUGGAGAGCAAUAUUUAUAGUAAGGGUAAGGGAUAAAUGUUUAUAUAGCACCUGUUAUGUGCUGGGUACUGUGCUAAGUGAGCACUUUUUACCAAUAUUAUCUUGGGUAGAUGCUGUUAUCAUCCUGAUUUUACAGAUGAGGAAACUAAGGCAGACAGAGGUUAAAUGACUUGCCCAGGGUCACACAUCUGAAGCUUCUGAGCCUGGAUUUGAACUCAGAUCUUCCUGAUGCCAGUGCUCUACCCCUUGUGCCACCAGCUGCCUCUCUAGAGAAAUAAAUUACUUUCUUACUACUUCUUAAAGUCACGCUUUUAGGGUAUGUCCCUUGUUUGACUCAUCUUCGUGUUUAACAAAGAGAAUGGUGCUCUUACCUUUUUUGCUCUAACUCCCCCACCCCUCCUUUGAGGUCUCUUCAGAAUUGAUUCCAAGGGUUGACUUACUUGGUCAGGCCUGCUGGAAAGGAAGGCAGCUCUCUUGCCCCUACUUUUUAUAUUCAAUAUGAAACCUGCCAUGCUCUUUAAAAAUUUUAUACUUAUUCAUUAUGCUGGUGAAACUUGCAAAUGCUGAUGGCUUUGUACACCCUGCCCUUUUUACUUUUUGUGAAAAAUUCUCUUGAUAUUUUUCUGACCCCUCCUCUACUUUCCCAUGUACCUUUUCUAAAACGUGGUACCUGAAGAAUGGACAAGAAAUCCUUACUUCAUCUGAUUUUAGAAUGUUGGAUAUUACCAGUAUUUACUUUUUGCUAAAUCCAAAGAUAUAUUUUUUUUUAUAAAGCUCAAAAUGUGAUGUAAAAGAAAUAAAUGUUCCUUCCUUUUUAAAAAGAACCCUGAAAUUGCAUUGUCAAUGAUUUUCUCAUGACAGUGCCAUUUGUGAAUCAUUUAUCUGGAUGGAAAGAAAAGUGCAGAAUAUAAAUAGCACUGUGUAGUGAUUCAGUGUAAAUAGCUAAGAGAUGGAUUGGGGUGGGAUGCCCCCACCUCGCCCCACCCCAAUUAGUUGUGUAGGAAAAAUGCUUGGCAGGAAAGUGAUUUGAUUUGGGAAGUGAGGCCAUUUGAAUGCUAGCAGUGCCAUUCUAACCUGCUGCAGGGAAGUCACUUUUAAUACCUGUCUGGUCUCUCCUUUUAGCCAGAGAAGCUGCACACGUGUGAGCUAGUUACAGAAUUAAUAGCAUCCCAGAUUUUUGCUUUGUACAGCAAAGGGAUGAGAGCUUCUUCUUUCUUCUUCUUCUUUUUUUUUCCUGCUGUAAGGCAAACCUUUUGAAUGUUACAUUUUGUAAUGUGCAGGGGUUUUUCUGUAAGGUUUUUUUUUGUUGUUGUUACUAUGUGGAAUUUUAAAGAUGGUGGAAAUGAUACAGCAAUCAUAAAAUUGUAUGUAAUUCUGAGAGCAAUAUUUACAAAUUCUCAGGAGAAGGCUUACAGUAUUGAGAAUGAAUUAAAUUUAAAUGUAGUUUACAUUAAGUAUUGCUUGAAAUAUCUGUAUCUUUCUUUACACUGCAAAAAAAUCCAAACCCCAUGGGAUGAUUUAUAAGAUGGUUGGGUUGUAAGCUAUGACUGCUUUUCUGAUUGUUUUUUGGAUGUUAAUGUCAAUGUAAAUAAAGGUUUCUAUUUAAAGCUGGAA